AUGUAUGGAAAAUCAGUACGCUCACAGCAGAACAGCCGGACGGUUCAGUCAUCCAUUUGCACGAGUUUAGUCGGACAGGCUUUAAGCAGUGGCUGCCGGCAAACCAACACGUCUUGCCGUGUCCGCCCGAAGACGACCAAAGCUGGUCAUCGGACGUCGACAGAUCGUGGCUUUCGGACGAGGAGUUGGGGCCGAUCUCUGUCAAGCGAAGGGCAUCAGAACGAGAAACAACAUCAGACGGCGAGGAAACUUUACGAUGAGGAAUUGUGGGCAUCUGCAGGAGACGGGAAUAUCCAGCCACCGUCAGACCACAAAAAUGUCAACAAGAUAGUCGCUGCUGCAGAUGAAACGGUUGAAGCCAUGACUGAACCUGCAGCUCCUAAACGCAGAUGGUUCCUGUCGUCCUUGGGAAGGCGACUCGUCAAUGCCGGCAGAAAGAUGUUCUGCUGUGGUGUCGGCAGUAAGCAGCGUACAAAGCUUUGA